GUAGACCAUAUUUGCUUUACUUUUUUUGUGUAGUUUUACUUCCCUACAACAAAAUCAGUUACAAGUUACAACCGUAUCUAUAAAUAUACAAAACGAGCGUUACCGCCAUUUUUCCCUCUCCUUCAUUCAUCUCUCCAUUUCCCCUCUUUCUCAAUCAACUAAUACCCGUUUUUCCAUGCCUCCAACUUCAGCUGUUUUCUCCUCUUGGUUCUUUCUUGCUUGCAUUUUUUUGUUUUUGGGUUUUAUAUUUCAUGUUAAUAUAAUUAUAACAAACCCAAUCAAGAAAGAGCAUCAGCAGCCACAAUAAUCUCUGCAAAAUGGGUCAGCAGAAAUUGAUCUACAGUUUUGUGGCGAGGGGAACCGUGAUUUUGGCUGAUUACACGGAAUUCAAGGGGAAUUUCAAUACCAUCGCGUCUCAGUGUCUGCAAAAGCUCUCUGCUUCCAACAACCGAUUCACCUACAAUUGCGAUGAUCACACCUUCAAUUACCUCGUCGAUAACGGAUUCACUUAUUGCGUGGUUGCUGUUGAAUCUGCGGGCAGACAACUACCAAUCGCGUUUCUGGAACGCAUCAAAGAUGAUUUUACAAAGAAAUAUGGAGGCGGCAAAGCUUCGACUGCUGGUCCCAACAGCCUAAAAAAGGAGUUUGGGCCCAAAUUGAAAGAGCAAAUGCAGUAUUGCGUUGAUCAUCCCGAAGAAAUUAGCCAGAUUGCUAAAGUCAAGGCUCAGGUCUCUGAGGUGAAAGGUGUGAUGAUGCAAAACAUUGAGAAGGUUCUUGACCGUGGAGAGAAGAUCGAAUUGCUUGUUGACAAGACUGAUAGUCUCAAAUCACAGGCACAGGAUUUCAGGAAGCAAGGGACGAAGAUGAAGAGAAAGAUGUGGGUUGAGAACAUGAAGAUCAAACUGGUGGUGUUUGGUAUAGUCGCGCUUUUGGCUCUCCUGGUCGCGUUGUCCGUGUGUCCCAAAUUCAAGUGUUGAUUGUAGAAUCGAGUUAUUUUGAGUGUUCACUGCUUGGAUGUCCCCUUACGCCGCUGCCCACCAGCAUUUUUAGACGAGUUAGCCUGUAAAUUGUGUCCUGUUACCUCAUUCACAGAUGAUGGUAUACAAGUGAAUAGCAAGCUUUUGGAUUGUUGUUUCAUAUUCUAACGCACAUUCUUGUAUACAUACAUGUAUUAGAUUGUGUUUUUUCACUAGAUUGAAGGAAUCCAAGAUUCAAACAUUUAAA